AUGGGCACAAUCAACCAGACAAUGAGCGACCAGGACGGCGAUGUCGAUAUGGCCCCCGUUGCUCCUCCUCUCCACACAGCCAUGUUCGAGGCCAUCGACUUAAUGAAGACCAGGAUUCGGCAACUCGAGGAAGGCAACGUAUCAGCCACGCCCACCGAGAGGGCUCGAUAUGGCAUGCUUCUUGGAGCCUGUCACAACAUGGACCCGGUCUUCCUUAUCCUCCACCAACAGUACUGCUGUUGGAUGAUAGACAGGAGAACAGCAUAUGCCCGCUUCCCCAUCCAGCCCACUGUCAUUGAUGUAGCCUUUGACUUCAUCACCGUGUUUGCCAUAAAGUGGCCGCACGCCCUAGCAGCCAUUCAGUCCAAGAAGGUGCCCCUUAUGGCAUUCCAGAUCCGUGACUGGUUCUUGUGUACGUCGCCAACCAUUGCCAACACGCUGUUCACGUACAUCCGAAGGGUAAUCGGGGUGCCUAACGGGCCACUGGGAGUCGAGAUCAACCAUCUCUUCAACAUGGACAACUGCCAGGAGCGCGCCUUUGAAGAGCAGAAAGUGUCGCCGGAGGAAAUGGCGGGUAUCCGCAGCACCAUGUUGAGGAGUUACCUGGCUGUCGUGCAGAAGGCUCGAAUACAACAAGCCAGUCUCGCAGGGCAUGUGCCAGCCAGUGCCAGUGCCAUGAAUAUCAACAACGACAACAAUAACAACAACACAAACACAGACGCAGGCGCAGACGCAAACGCAAACACAAACACAAACACAAUCGGAAAUCACAACUACGACACCAACAACAACGCCCCACGUGUCACUUCGAGGGCUUCUCACCAGCCGCAGCUCACCCGUCCUCUUCUUCAAGACCUUGCGCACCAAACACAGGCUCCCAUGGUUCGCCCCCAGCCACACCAAGCUCUUCCACAUGCCUCCUCCCAAGCCUCCCAAGCCUCCCCUCAGAACGCUCAGCCUGCGGCUCUUCCUGCGCGACCACCGUCUCAACCUGCAGCGAGUUCCGAAGGUCGACUGCGGCCGUGUGGCCUACAGGACCCAACAGGCUCCCCUGACUUCCCACGAAAUUUGCAGGCUACGAGGGUUCCAGGGCCACCGGGGCCCCCGGCCUUGGACCAAGAGAACUUCCUGCCUCCAAUGAUAUUGCCACGAGGCGAAUCACUGCCACCUGCAGAACGACGGCCGAGGCAGCACCAGAGUCAUGAUACCUCUCAUCCUUCUCCAUCUCUGCCUUCUCCUCCCCAGCCGCAGCAGUCUCCUCCUCCUUUGUAUCCCCAGCACCCUUCUCUUCCACCGCGUCCUCUUGUUUCUACUCAUCCUUCCCCUCCUCUUCCGCCCCCUUCUCUUCCGCCCCCUCCCCGUCCAUAUACUCCUCGCACCCAACAUCCUUCUCCUCCCCCACAGCCACAAGAGCCAAGUCGCCCCCAGUACUCUUCUCCAGCGUCUCUCCUUCAGCGGUAUCCUUCGCCCCAGCUUCCCCAAGAUGCUCAACAUCCACAAAUACAUCAUCAGAAUCAGCAACGACCCCCAUAUCCCCAGCGCGUUCAAUACCCUCAGUAUCCGCAGCAUCCUCAGUAUUCGCAGCACUCUCGGCAACCUCAGCUUCCCCAGCACAUGCAGUUACAAUACCUUCGGCAAUCUCAGAGUCACCAGCAGUUUAUGAAUCCCCAACAUCCGCAGCAUCUUCAGUAUCUUCAGUACGUUCGCAAUGCUCAGCAGCAGCAACUGCGAAACGCCCAGCAGCAUCCUACUCAACACCAGCAGCAUCCUACUCAACACCAGCAGCAUCCUACUCAACACCAGCAGCAUCCUACUCAACACCAGCAGCAUCCUACUCAACACCAACAGCAAACUCAGCAGCAGCAAAAUCAUGGCACUCACGGCAAUGAGAGUCACCUCCGUGGCCCAAACCCCCAUGCAAUGCAAAACCCGGCUUUCACGCCGCUGCAGCAGAAUCAUUCGCUACCCCCAUCAGGACAAACUCAACAACACGGUGUGCAGGGCGAUAGCAGGCAGCAUCACCAGCCAUCGCCUAUGCUGUCCAACGGGCCGCCUCCGCUCCUAUCUUACCCACAUCAUCAGAACACGCCGCCGACGCCGACGCUGCAGACUAGUCAGGUUUCCCAGGCCCUUCAAAGUUCUGGAGGACCCCAAGGCCGUCAAGGACAGGGUCAUGUGCAUUCAAGCCCUCAGCUUACGAUGGUCCGUCAGCCUUACCGCCGCUCGGGCAUGCCAGUCCAAGUGCUGCAGGAUCCCGGCCUGCACUAUGUGCAAGCGCAACCGCAUACUCGAGAUCCCCAUCUAGCUCUCCCAUCACAUCCCGGUCCAACAAGCAGCCGGUCAAUUCCGCAUUUCACAACUUACCCCCUUCCCCCGUAUGAACAUCCCUGCAGCCCGCAUCAUAUUACAUCGCUAGAAGCAAGCCUUCACUUGACGGGUUUGCGUAGCCCUCGAAGAAUCUCUUCUGGUCCAGGACAAGGCGCGCAAAAGCGUCUGACUCGUUACUAUCAGUUCGUCUCGAGGUUUGCUGUGGAACCAAGCGAGGUUCCUCCGCAGAUGGGGGUCGCUGUCUUCGAGUUUGAUGUGACCCAAGAAGAGACAGACCGUCUCUCCAUAACUAGCCGACCACCUGCCUCGCCCCUUGAUGAUUUAUACAUGACCCAGUUGCCUGUGAGCCGGCACUUCAACCACUCUCUUCGAUACCGCCUCCGCAUGUGCUUCACGCGCAAGAAUGAGGGACUUGCGGCUCUUGAUAUAGCUUCAUGGAGUCGACGCGCGACUUACUGGCCGCCGCAUAUCUUUGUCUCCGUCAAUGAGAAGAUCCUUCAUGUCCGCCGCAAGCAGCAUUUUCAUCAUGACUUGCCGCUCGAACUCACCGACUCGUUGUCCAGGGGAAAGAAUAAGAUCAAGGUCAGCCUGCCACUAUUCCCUGGAAACCUCAUACAGGACAUUGCCUACUUCAUGGCUGUCGAGCGCAUCGUCACGCUGGAUCACGAUACCGUCUGGGACAUGGUGACGUCUGGGCCCCAUGUCACGGUAGAAGUGGCCAAGAAGGAGAUCUGCAGGCGACUCAAAGGAUUGGACACAGAUGAGAUCAUCAUUGAAAGCGACGCCAUAGCGGUCUCGGUCACAGACUUAUACAGUUCCACGCUAAACAAAAUGCCCGUGCGAGGCCGCAAAUGCCUGCAUCUCGAGUGUUUCGACUUAGGAACCUGGCUGCUUUCUCGCCCAAGCAAGCCACCGCAAGGUCUAGGCGAGCCAACUAUGGUAGACUGCUGGGCCUGCCCUAUAUGUGGGAUGGAUGCGCGGCCCUGCAACCUCCAGGUAGAUGAUUUCUUCGCCGAUGUAGCAAAGGAGCUCUUGGCUAGCGGCAACACGGGCGUCAAGAAGAUUGAGGUGCUUGCGGACGGCAGCUGGACGGCAAUAGAAGAGGUCAAUGAAGGAGAAGAAUUGUCGGGCUCUGAGGGUGCCCAGCAGAGUCCUCCGAGCCGAGUGAAGAUACAGGAGGAAACGCCAGAUACACUGGACUGA